UUAACUGGCUGUACAUGACUUCUUGAAUUGUUCAAGCUAUGAUGAAAUGGAGGAUAAACAGUUUCAUCUGUUUAAUGGACGAGACAGUGUUAGUGGAAUGAAAGGUAACAACCCAUUGAGAAGUGGUCCUGAAGUAAUUAACCGCAGGGUGUGGAAGAGUAAUAAUUCAAAGCGUGGUGGUAACAUACUUGUGCCAAAGGAUCCUAAGAGGGUAUCAAAACGUUUUGAUGAUGAUGACGAUGAAAAUGACGAUGAAGAUGAUGUUGAGGAACUAGAGAGGAAAAUAAGAUCUGCUGAUCUACCAGAGCAUGCUUUCAAAGUAGCUAUGAAGGAGUUGAAGCGCUUGAAGAAGAUGCCGCCACAGUUUCCAGAACAUGCUACCACUAGGAAUUAUUUGGAGUGGAUGGUUGAUCUUCCAUGGAGCCAAGAAACCAAGGACAAGUUAGAUAUUUCUCAAGCAAGGAUUGAUCUGGAUCAUGAUCAUUAUGGUUUGGAAAAGUUAAAGAAGAGGGUCAUUGAGUAUUUAGCUGUUCGCAAACUGAAAAACAGCUUGAAAGGUAAAAUACCUGUAGUAGGCACAAAACUUUGCAGUAAGUGAUAAUAAGCAGUGCAAAUUCAACAUCUGUUUUGAAAUGCACUUCACAAUAUGUUAAAUAAUAAUAUUAAAUUAAAACCAGUUGACUAAAACAAGCCACUAAUUUAAA